AUGGGGAGCCCCGACAUCGAUCCCAUGCCUUUGCACCUUAUUAGUGAUCAAACAAUCCACAGAGGAGAGAGGUCCUAUGAAUGCCGUGAGUGUGGGAAAUGCUUCACUAGCAGCUCAAACCUUUCUCAACAUCAGAGAAUUCACACAGGGGAGAGGCCCUUUGAAUGCAGUGAGUGUGGGAAAAGCUUCACUAGCAGCUCAGACCUUUCUAAACAUCAGAGAAUCCACACAGGGGAAAGGCCCUAUGCAUGCCGUGAGUGUAGGAAAACCUUCAAUCGCAUUUCACACCUUAUUAGGCAUCAAACAAUCCACAGAGGAGAGAGGCCCUAUGAAUGCCGUGAGUGUCGGAAAUGCUUCACUAGCAGCUCGGCCCUUUCUGUUCAUCAGAGAAUCCACACAGGGGAGAGGCCCUUUGAAUGCCCUGAGUGUGGGAAACGCUUCACUAGCAGCUCAGACCUUUCUCAACAUCAGAGAAUCCACACGGGGGAGAGGCCCUUUGAAUGCCGUGAGUGUGGGAGAAGCUUCACUCAAAGCUCAGCCCUUAGUAGGCAUCAGCGAAUACACAGAGGAGACAAACCCUAUGAAUGCUGUGAGUGCGGGAAAAGCUUCACUCAGAGAUAUACCCUUAACUCUCAUCAGAGAAUCCACACAGAAGAGCGACCCUACGAAUGCUGCAAGUGCGGGAAAAGCUUCACUCAGAGAUCAGCCCUUAUCUCUCAUCAGACAACGCACACAGGAGAGAAACCCUACGAAUGUUGCGAGUGUGGAAAAAGCUUCUCUCGGAGCUCAAACCUUACUGUGCAUCAGAGGAUCCACACAGGAGAGAGACCUUAUGAAUGCCCUGAGUGCGGGAAAAGUUUCAGUCAAUUCUCCUCCCUUAUCUCUCACCAGAGAGUCCACACAGGAGAGAGACCCUACGAAUGUUGCGAGUGUGGAAAAAGCUUCUCUUGGAGCUCACACCUUACUAUGCAUCAGAGGAUCCACACAGGAGAGAGACCUUAUGAAUGCAGUGAGUGCGGGAAAAGUUUCACUCACCGCUUCUCUCUUAUCUCUCACCAGAGAGUCCACACAGGAGAGAAACCCUAUGAAUGCAGUGAGUGCGGGAAAAGCUUCUCUCGGAGCUCAACCCUUGUUAUACAUUACAGAGUCCACACCGGAGAG